AUGGAGUCCACGGAGAACCGAUACGCUCACCUGCUGCAGCCGAUCCGAGAGCUCACCAAGAACUGGGAGAUCGACGUGGCGUCCGAGUUAAAUGACUACCUGGACGAGCUGGAUGACAUGUGCAUCACGUUCGACGGAGGGAAAACCAGACUGAACUUUGCGGAGGCGGCGCUGCUGAUUCAGGGCUCGACCUGCAUCUACAGCAAGAAGGUGGAGCUGCUGCACAAUCUGGUUUUCCAAACUCUGGAGUACAUCAAUGACAGGAAUAAGAAACGUAACAAACAGGCGGCGGCUGAAGGCGGCGAUGCAGACAGAGCAGCGAGCAAGAACAACGAUGCCGAUGAUGAUGAUGAUGAAGCUGUGUUCACGCCGUUAGACAUCGACGUGACGGAGAAAUCGCAGACGGGCGACUCUAACGCGACGGUGAGCGUCGUUCCUCUUCCUCCCGCCUCGCUGAUCCCUCCGGACACCCGCGAGAAGCAGAAGCUGCCUCUCAUCAAUGUGAAAGGAGACGUCGUCUGCAGUCAGAAAGACUUCAGGAUCAAUCUGUUCAUCCCAGGAGACCGAGAGAUGAUCCUCCUCACGCGAGGGUCCUCCGCUGACCGCUAUCUGCUGAUAGACCAGCAGCAGCAGCAGAGAGUUCCAGACGCGGCUCCUCUGAUGGAGGCUUUAGAAGACGACGCUGCGGAGAACUUCCUGCCGCUGGACGACAACGGUAUGGAUCUGGACCAGGACCAGGGCCAGAGCCAGAACCAGGACCAGGACCAGAACCAGAACCAGGACCAGGACCAGGACCCAGAGGAGCACGUUGAGAGACACCAGGCUCCAGGCGAAGGCAGGAUGAUCCGAGAGAGACGACAGCUGGAAGAAAAGAAGCAAGAGGAAGCUCCACCUGCUUUGAACAUUUGGGCGCUUCAUGACCCGUACGCUGUUCUGGCCGAAGAUAAACCGUUUAAAUCAGGAAAGUGCUACAAGGUUCCUGACGGUUUGGACGACGGAGGGAAGAGGAAGAGGAAGCGAGCGUGUUCUCUGCUGGACUUCAGGAGCUGGUUCAGAGGAACCUUCGAUCCUCCUGCACACAAGUUAAAGAACGGACCCUCGUUUACAGACCUGAACUACGUUUAUUUAUCCACCAUGAAAGACAAACUGAAGACGAGGAAGAGGAUCUACAGGAGAGCGGGUGUCAUGGUGUCCGAUGAGGAGCUGAGGAGAACCUUCCUGCAGCCGGAGGAACCGGAGCAGCAGCCGGGAGGAGAACCUGUGGACGGGUUCAGACACCCGGAGCUGCUGGGUGCUGAUGAUGAAAACUCAGACGACGAACACGAAGCGUUUCCUGACGAGUUUCCAGCCGAGUUAGUCGGAGGACCAGAUUUCAUCUCACCAGAGGUUCACGGAGACGAGCUGAGUUAUGAAGAUCUGGUGAAGCUGCGAGUGGAGCAGCUGGUGGUGAACAGUCGAGGUUACACUCAGGAAACCGGUUUGUCCCGUCGGGUCAAAGACUGGGAAGCAAAGAUCCGACCGGAACUCGCUCAGCAGGAGGAGCGGCCGGUGUUCGACAUCCACAGCUACAGCGACCGCAUCGUCUCGUCUCUGAGCGACGUCGGUCGGCGCCGAUCCUUCGCCGCCAUCGUUCACGGGCUGGACAACUACGAGGCCUGCAAGUACCUGCUGGCUUCACUGCAGCUGGCCAACGACCGCACCGUGGACAUCGACAGCGCUGAAGGUUUGGAGGAGAGCGUCGACUCGAUGGGACUGACUCUGCUCAGCACUUACAAAGCCACCGACAGGUUCAAGAAGCUGGCCUCGUCAUCCUGA